AGCUGCUGGGAUAGAGAAGGUCAGAAUAUAUAAAUACAUAUAAAAUAUAUAUGAUAUAUAUAUGCUAUAUAUUAUAUAUAUAUAUAUUUAUCUCAGUACAUCUGGGAUUAAGCUCACUGAAUGCUAAUUAUUUCUUUCAGGACUUUUAAUAUUUACAGUGAAAUCUUUUAAAGGCAACAGUACAUUCUGACGCCACCUGGGAGUACAGUGUUGGAGACGUAGGGUGUUUUCCCACAAACAAUGUGAAGGUCUUUUUGUUAAAGAGGCAAUUUUGAUAUUAACAGCAGCUACCCAUUUUGAUAGCCAGACAGGCUGCUAUUUUGUUCGGGUACACAUCAGGUCUCGUGCGACUGAGUUUUAUUUUUUAAUUGAAAAAAAAAAAAAAUCAAGAAGAAAAGGAAAAUUACUUGAGAUGCCAAAUACUGUCGAGAGGACCGUAUUCUCCCUCUUUCCCACACCCACUGGAGACGCGGACCCUUCUUUUUUACAGGCUUAGAGUCGCCGGAGCCGAGCUGGGCUCCCUCCGGAGCGCCGCACAGCGCCGUGCCCGCGCCCCCGGACCCCGCGGCGUGUGAGAUUUCUUCCCUCCUUCCGCUGAUUUGCAAACAAACUUGUGGAAUCCGCUCCGUCCGAGGGGGAGGGGGAUAAAAUCCCCCCGGGGAGCAGAGUGGGUUUGGCUUUUUUUUAUAUUACUGCAAGAUUUCAGCGGGCUGCCGGGGAUCUCCCCCCUCUCGCCCUCUUUUGUCGUUUCCCGGCCGGCAAGCGCAGCCCCCCCGCAGCACUGAGGCCUCAGCAGAGCCCCCCGGCCGCGGGGCGCCCGGCUCCUGCCCUUUCUUUCCCACCCCAUCCCCGCCUGUCAAGGAAAGGCACAUGUUAAUACCACCCGGCGCGGUCAUUUUCUGCUACUGCUGCUGCGGACUCCUCCGUCCGAGACAGAUGUUGCGAAACCAAGGCCUCCUCAAGUGCCGCUGCCGCAUGCUCUUCAAUGACCUGAAGGUCUUCCUGCUGCGGAGACCCCCCGCUCCGCCGCCGCCCUCGCCGCCGCCGCCGCUCCCCAUGCCCGGCGGCGCAGAGGCGGGGGCCGGCGGCGCCGCUCCGCUCGGGGGGCGCGGGCCCGGCUGGCGAGCGGCGGCGGCGGGCGGCGGAGCGGGCAGCCCGGGAGCCGAGGAGUGGGGGAGCCCCGCCGGGGAGCCGCCCGCCUCCCUGCCCAGCAGCACCUCCUCGGAUGACUUCGGCAAGGGCAAGGCCGAGGACCGCUACUCGCUGGGAAGCAGCGUCGAUAGCGGCAUCCGCACCCCGCUCUGCAGGAUCUGCUUCCAGGGUCCCGAGCAGGGGGAGUUGCUGAGCCCGUGUCGAUGCGACGGAUCGGUGAAAUGCACGCACCAGCCAUGUCUGAUCAAAUGGAUAAGCGAGAGAGGCUGCUGGAGCUGUGAGCUGUGUUACUACAAGUACCACGUCAUUGCCAUAAGCACAAAGAACCCUCUGCAGUGGCAGGCCAUCUCCUUGACAGUCAUUGAGAAGGUUCAGAUAGCAGCAGCCAUCCUGGGUUCCCUCUUCCUCAUCGCCAGUAUCUCGUGGCUCAUCUGGUCGACCUUCAGUCCUUCAGCCAAAUGGCAGCGCCAGGACCUGCUCUUCCAGAUCUGCUAUGGAAUGUAUGGCUUCAUGGACAUUGUCUGUAUAGGUCUAAUAAUACACGAAGGGCCCUCGGUUUACCGGAUUUUUAAACGGUGGCAGGCGGUCAAUCAGCAGUGGAAAGUGCUGAACUAUGACAAAACAAAGGACAUGGAGGAACAAAAAACAGGGACCAGGACAAAUCAGCGUCCCUCCUCCCAAACCACCCACUCAUCCUCCACUGGUGGUACAGCCACUAACUCCGCUCCGGCCGACAGCGGGGCCCGGGCCGCUGGCCAUGCCACAGGCACCCUCUCUGACCACCACUGUGCUUACACCAUCCUGCAUAUACUCAGCCACCUGAGGCCUCACGAACAGAGGAGUCAGUCUAGUAGUAACAGAGAGCUCGUCAUGAGGGUCACGACGGUCUGAGCCGAGGAAUUCAGGAGGCCUUAACGCAGAGCGGAGGAGACGCAGAACUCGUAACGCAGAGGAGCAUGGUGUGCCUUUUUCUUUCUCUUCCCAUUUAUUCUUUCUUUUUUCUUUUUCUGUCCCUUCUUUUGGUUUCUUUUUCGGUAACUGCACAAGAUAUAAGAGGCGGCACCUGGCCAGCUGAGGAGAAAGCAGGUGGAGGGAGAGCUGCACACUCAUGCUAAAGAGGUUAAUGUUUUCCAGCCAGUUUAAGGAAAAAAAAAAAAAAAAAAAAGGAAAAAAAAAAAAAAAAAAA